UUCACUUGAAGUUAACCAGUUGACCGGUGAGAGCAGUCUGCAGUAAUCAACUGCUUGGGUUUGGCUGUUACAGAGAAUAUCUGGACGAGUCCAGCUUCAUCCUUUUGAAACUGGAAGCCAAGUUCAACAGUAAUGAUUAUUUUUGGCUAGAAGGAGAAACAAUAGUUGAUCUGUGAUAAAAAUGGAGAAGCUUAAACUCUUGGCUGUUCUUUUCUUUACAUGGAUGCCUGUCUGUGAAUCUCAGACCAGCGCCACUAAAGAAUUUUUUGCAGACGUGGUGUUCCUAGUUGAUGGCUCCAAAGGCAGCACUUUUCAACAGGUGAAAACUUUCCUUAACAAAGUCGUGCAGCAACUAGAUGUCCAAGCAAAUAAAUACAGAAUUGGAGUGUCACAGUUCAGUGAAGAUGCCCAAACAGAGUUCCUUCUUAAUACUUUUAAAGGAAAGAAUCAAGUGCUGAACUACAUCAAAAAGAAUCUUGGGUUCAAAGCUGAGAGAGUGGGAGAGCUGAAGACUGGGGUUGCCAUCAAGCACGCUUACGACGUCCACUUUAAAGAGUCUUCUGGAAGUCGCCGGGCGGAAGGCAUCCCUCAAUUUUUAGUCGUCAUUAUCUCUGGAAGUUCAAAGUAUGUUCCAUUUCAAGAAGCUGUCAACGCUGUAAAAAAGCAUGGUGUGCAAAUUGUUCCUAUUGGAGUUCAGAAUACCAGCAUGAAGGAGUGGGAUGAUAUGGACAUGAAGUAUUUCAAUUUAUCUGCAGACAACCUGACUCCUUUAUCUCAAAACAUAUACAACAUGAUCAAAACUGAUACAGAAAAUCAGUUUAAGAGAGCAAGCCAACCACCAGCAGUAUGUCAAAAUGCUUCUGUGGCAGACAUCGUCUUUUUAGUCCAACAUUCUAGCAACAUCGGCAUGGCAAACUUUCACCAAAUUCAAGUUUUCCUCUACAAGAUUGUCGAAUCCUUGAAUGUUAGCAACAAUACAGUGAGAGUUGGUUUGGUAAUAUACAAUAACAAAUUGAAAGUGGAGUUUUACCUUAACACAUAUACAAAUAAGACUGAUGUUUUGCAGCAUAUAAAGGAAUUACCAUAUGUGGGAAGGACAGGGGACCCCAAUACUGGUGCUGCCAUUGAUUACGUGAGGAAAGAAAUUUUUGCAGGUAAUGGGAGCAGGGGCGUUCAGCAAAUUGCAGUUCUCAUCACAGACAAGGAUUCCAGCGACAAUGUUAGCCAGGCUGCGACGAGCCUUCGGCGUGCCGGGGUAAAAGUCUUCACUGUGAGAAUCCAGGACACCAAUACAACAGAGCUGAGGGAGAUUGCGUCAUAUCCCCCGCAAAAAUUUAUCACAACCGUGGACACAUUCUUACAGUUAUCAACUCUCGAGGAAAUAAUACAAACCAGGAUUUGUGACGAGAUUUUCACAGAAGCAUUUAUAGUAUCUGAGCGCAGUGACGUAAUCAAAGAAGGCUGUGUUGAAACAGAAGAAGCUGAUAUCUACUUUCUGAUGGAUGGCUCAGGAAGCAUCGGAACACAGGAAUUUUUAGAAGUUAAAAAAUUCCUUAUAGAAAUGGUUGAAAUGUUCAACAUUGGGCCUGACAAUGUGCGGAUCGGAGCAGUACAAUAUGCUACCAGUCCAACACUAGAAUUAAAUAUUACUCAUCAUAGCAAUAAAACAGCCAUACAACAGGCUAUCCAGAAUAUCAGACAGAUAGAAGGAGGAACAAAAACCGGUGGAGCUCUGCGUUUCAUACAGAAAUGCUUUCAAUCUGCAGUAAUAACUCGACCAAACAUGGUACCCCGGUACCUUGUAACGCUAACCGAUGGAGAGUCACAAGAUGAGGUUAGGCAGGUAUCUGAAACCCUACGGAAAGAAGGAGUUCUAACUUAUGCCAUUGGUGUAAAAGGUGCCAACCAAACACAGCUCCAAGAACUGUCAGGGUCAGAUGACAGGUUUUUUUAUGUCUACAACUUUGACUCCCUGAAAGAUAUAAAGAAUAAAGUUGUCCGGGAAAUCUGUUCACAAGAAGCUUGCAAGAAAAUUAAAGCAGAUAUUCUUUUUUUAAUCGAUAGUUCAGGCAGUAUCAUAAACGAAGACUUUAAAAGAAUGAAACACUUUGUGGAGAAUAUUGUAAAAAAAUCAGACAUUGGGUUAGAUAAAGUCAGAGUUGGAGCAAUACAGUUCAGUGACACACAAAAAGAAGAGUUUACAUUGAACACAUUUUCUCUAAAAAUGGAUUUGCAGGAGGCCAUCAGGAACAUGUCACAGCUUUAUGGCGGGACUCUAACUGGAAAAGCUCUUAGUUUCGCAUCUAAAUAUUUUGAAAGAGCAAAAGGAGGGCGGUCCGAAGUUGAUCAGUUUCUCAUCGUAAUUACCGAUGGACAGGCUCAAGAUGAAGUUGCAGCUCCUGCUGAAGCCCUACGAAAUAAAGGAAUUACAGUGUUCACCAUCGGAGUAUUUGGCGCCAAUAACACACAACUGUUGGAAAUAAGUGGCUCGCCAAACAAGGUUUUUUUUAUUGAGAGUUAUGAUGCUUUAAGUAGUAUAUUGAAUUUGGUGGUUUUUCAUAUCUGCAACCCUGAAAAAGAAUGCCAAAGGAUAGAGGUUGCUGAUAUUAUGUUUGUUGUAGAUUCAUCAGGUAGUAUUAGUGAGGCUGGUUUUAAGAGUAUGAAGGAUUUCAUAAUUGCUUUGGUAAAUCAGUCUGAAAUUGGCAAAGAUAAGGUUCGGAUUGGGGCAGUCCGGUAUAGUGAUGAGCCUGUGAAAGAGUUUGACCUAAAUGAGCACUUUAACAAGCUAAAACUCCAGCAGGCAAUCAACAAAAUGGAGCUCAUUAGACGUAACACUGCAACAGCAAAAGCUCUGAAUUUUUCCAAAGAACAUUUAGGAGAAUUUUAUGGUGGACGCAAAGAAAAGGGAGUCCCACAGAUUCUUAUAACAAUUACUGAUGGCAAUUCAACUGACAGACACAGAUUAAAUGAAACUGUCAAUUACAUUAGAAAUGCAGGAAUUAUCACCUACGCUGUUGGAAUAAAAGAUGCAACAACAAAUGAACUAGAGACAAUUGGAGGAACACAAGAGCGAUAUUUCUACGUGGAUGACUUCGAAAAAUUAAAAGAUCUGCAAAAGAAGUUUUCACAAAUUAUCUGUACCAUCACCAGCAUAUAUUGUAAAAUUGAAAGAGCAGACAUAGUCUUCUUGAUUGAUGGCUCGACCAGUAUAUCGUCCAUGGACUUCCAAACCAUGAAGGAAUUCUUGAAGACGAUGGUGAUCAACUUUGAUAUUAGACCAAAUGGAGUGAAAAUAGGUGUGGCUCAGUUUAGCCAUUUGUAUGAGAAGAAUUUCUACCUUAGUUCAUUCAGUGACAGAAGCACAUUUCAGAACCAAAUUGAGAAGAUCAAACAGCUCACCGGCAACACGUACACAGCAAGCGCCCUCAGGAAUGUAAAAGAAUUUUUUACUACAUCUGCUGGAAGCCGAAAAAGUGAAGGUGUCGAGCAGAUUUUACUUGUGAUCACAGAUGGAUUUUCACAGGAAAACGAUGUGUACCAAGCUGCUGAAGACCUACGACAAGAUGGCAUCACCAUUUUUGCACUGGGAAUUGGAAAUAUUGACGUUUAUCAGUUGAUUCAGAUUGCUGGUACUCCAGACAGAAAAUUCAUGGUACAAAACUUCAAUGAACUAGAAACAAUUAAAAAAAGAUUUGUUCGCAACAUAUGUGACGGCUUUAAAGAUGCAAAAUGUGCCAUAGACAUUGCAGUGGGGUUUGACAUUACAAGCCAAAAACCAGGACAAAAAAUAUUUAAUGACCAGCAAAAACUGCAAGUAUUCCUGCCUGAAAUUUUAAGAGAAAUUACAUCUCUUCAGGCUGUCAGCUGUGCUUCAGGUUCCCAGAUACAGAUCAGCUUGGGCUUUGAAAUCACCAAUUCAGAACCUGUCUACGAAACUCAGUUUAAAACGUUUAGCCCAGACAUUGUAACUGAGUUGAGCUCACAAUGGGUUGUUAAGCCAUCUUACCUAAAUAGAGCAUUUCUGGAGUCGCUGUGGAAGAAGUUUGGAAAGUCUGAAAACAAAACAAAGGUCUUACUGAUUUUUACUGAUGGAUUAGAUGACACUGUGGAUGAACUCAAGGAUGUAUCAGAAAGGCUCCGAAUAGAAGGAUUGAAUGCCCUUAUCACAGUUGCUCUAGAAGGAACGUCAGCUAUCGAUAAUAUUCAGCAUAUUGAGUUUGGAAGAGGAUUUAGUUAUAAACCACAAUUAACCAUUGGAAACCGAGAUUUAUCCAGAAGUUUAAAUAAACUAAUUGAUCAAGUUGCUGAAAAGUCAUGCUGUGGUAUAUGCUGUAAAUGCUUAGGAGGUGAAGGUCCCAUUGGCAAAAACGGACCAAGAGGACAAAAGGGAAGCAAGGGCUCUGUUGGAAGACCUGGACAUCCAGGUGAAGAAGGAACCCCUGGUAUCAGAGGCCCCCCUGGUCUAAAUGGAACUCAAGGUUUUCCAGGAUGUGAAGGCUUCAGAGGUUUAAAGGGAGCAAGGGGUAUUCCAGGACAAACGGGAGACGAAGGGGAGCAGGCAUUAGAUGGGAUUCAAGGUCAAGAUGGUGAUAAUGGAUUGCCUGGUCAAAAUGGAGGAAAAGGAAACCCUGGAAUACCGGGCAAUCCAGGUCCAAAAGGACCUUCAGGAGAACGAGGAGAUCCUGGUUUGCGAGGAGACCCAGGAGUGCCUGGGUCUAACAGUAACAUCCGUGGCCCAACUGGUGAGAAAGGGAAGCGAGGCAUACAGGGUGAUCCAGGCAUUGACGGAGAACCUGGUUUAAAAGGCGAUCCUGGAAAAGGAGGCGUUAUUGGUCAAAGGGGACCAUUGGGAAGUAAGGGUGCUAAAGGGGAGACUGGUUUGCCAGGUUCUCAAGGAGACAGAGGAAGAGCAGGCCAGCAGGGCAAGAAAGGAGUUGAUGGAGAAAAAGGGACAGUUGGACCACCAGGAUUCAAAGGACCCCAGGGAACACCUGGAGCAGAAGGCCUAAAGGGAAACCGUGGCAAUGCUGGAGCAAAAGGGCUAAAAGGCGAGUCUGGGAAUCCUGGUGACAAAGGUCAAGUUGGCACGCUUGGUCCUAGAGGAUUACAGGGGGAAGAUGGAAGCGAUGGAUAUGGACCUAAAGGAAAAAAAGGACAAAAAGGAGAUUUAGGAUUCCCAGGAUAUCAAGGACCACAGGGUAGUGAUGGUGACCCAGGUGAUCCAGGAGCACGUGGCCCAAAGGGAAUUCGAGGACAAAGAGGUGAAAGCGGUCGCCAGGGUGAUCCAGGUAGUCCAGGAGCCCCAGGAUAUGUGGGUCACGAGGGGCCUAGAGGACCGAAAGGAACAAUGUCUUUGACAGAAUGUGAGCUAAUCAAUUACAUUCGCCAGAAUUGCCCCUGUUCACAAGGAGCACGUGAAUGUCCAGUGUAUCCAACAGAACUGGUAUUUGCUCUGGACAUGUCUGCUGACGUCACCACCCAAUCAUUUACUAGAAUGAAGGAAAUGGUUCUCAGUAUUCUAGAAGAUUUGUCAUUCAGCGAAAGCAACUGUCCGACUGGGACCCGUGUGUCACUUGUGUCCUACAGCUACACCACCAAAUAUGUAAUCCGGUUCAACGACUAUCACAAUAAGAAGCAACUUUUGAAAAGUGUUAAGGCAAUUCCUCUGGAAAGGACCACAGGUAGACGAAAUAUUGGUGCUGCAAUGAAGUUUGUGGCAAGAAAUAGUUUCAAACGCAUUCGUAAGGGUGCUCUGGUUAGGAAAGUGGCCAUCAUUUUUGCUGAUGGACCCUCCCAGGAUGCUGUUUCCAUCAGUACAGCUGCAAUGGAAUUCAGUGCCUUAGACAUCACACCCGUGGUCAUUGCUUUCCAGGACCUUCCAAAUAUCAAGCGUGCGUUUGCGAUUGAUGACACUGGAAGGUUUCAAUUUAUCAACAUCCCAACCAAUGAUGAUCCCAAUAAUGUGUUGGAGAACCUUAAACUGUGUUGUGACUUUACCAUUCAAAUUCUUCUGCUUCUAGAUACUUGCAAUCCAAGCCCAACUUGUCCCGAAAUAAAGAUCCAGCCUUCUCCUGUACAGAUGGAUAUGGAUGUGGCAUUUCUUCUUGAUAGCUCACGCACUGUGAGCAGCGAUAUCUUUGAAAGGUCCAAGGAGUUUCUACACUCAGUGCUGGAUCAGUUUGUUAUUACCAACCAGCCAAGAACCUCAGAUCCUGGGGCUCGGGUUGCACUUGUCCAGCACGCUUCCUCAGGAUAUACUAACAGAGAAGAACAAAACCCUGUCAAGCUGGAGUUUGAUUUCGUUACCUAUAGCAGAAAGAGUCAAAUGAAAAGACACAUCAAGGAAUCCUUGCACCAUCUACAAAGCGAUUCUGGAGUUGGGCAUGCUGUGGAGUGGACCAUUAACAACUUGUUUUCAAAGGUGUCAAAAGCCAGAAGCACUAAAGUUAUAUUCGCCAUACUUGGAGGAGACACUAGUUUUUGGGACAAGAGGAAGCUGGCUGAAAUAGCACUGAACGCUAAGUGUCAAGGAUUUACUAUUUUUACAUUGACCUUUGGUGGUCCUUUCAAUGACACUGAGGUGGAACAGCUUGCUAGUUUUCCUUUUAGUCACCACUCAUGUCAUCUUGGGAAAGUUCUUGACAUGGAUAUGGAUUAUGCACUGAAGUUUACACAUGCUUUCUUCAGCCUCGUGGCAAAUAAAAUCAAUAAUUACCCUCCUAAAAUCCUUCAGAGGAAGUGUGAAAUGUUCAAUUUGCAUGAAAAGGAACAAGGUGAUGAAGUGCUCAUGCCCGCACCAGAAAGUACAUUUUCUACUGAAUAUGAGGAUUUGGAACUGAUGAGUAAAAUUCAUUUAAGAAAAGAUGAAGAAACAAAAUUGACAACAUCUGCUAUAAAAUUUCAAUGUUUUCUGAAGAGGGAUCUUGGUAACCUUUGCAGAGGAUUUCAGAAGAUAAAGUGGUUUUAUAAUAAAAGCACUCGUUUGUGUGUCCCAUUCUUGUAUGGAGGCUGCGCUGGUAAUGAAAACCGGUUCAAUACUAAGCAUGAGUGUCUUCAGGCAUGCCCUUCCAAAGAAUUGCCGCAAAAAACGUCGAAAGAGUGAGAGGUUGAAGGUAUAAGAUAGAAGGUAUAAGAUAAACUACAAUGAUUACUUUUGAAGCAAUACUACUGCCUUCUUAUUUCUUUAAGCAUGUAUAAAAAAUUGUUUGUUUGUUUAUGUGUCUGCACUACAUGGUUAAUGAGACUAUAUUUUAUGAUGAAAGAGCCAUAUGGGGAGAAUAUACAUUUGUAAUUUCAACAUAAAAAGAAUGACACCUUUAUGUUUUUGACUGUUAGCAUCAUUGAGUCCAACAUUUGAGGUACAGACAAAUAAAGGUUUACAAUUGUAUUUAC